AUGGAAGAGAAUGAUUCAGAUGCGACACUUCCAUCAGAUACAUACACAGAAUCUCAAUUGCCUUCACAACAUUCUGUUCGUCAAAAAUAUGAUGCGGCUUGGGCAUAUGUCACUCAAACUGUAUAUUCACUUGGAAAAUGUAGUUUUACUUGUGACUUUUGUGGUAAGAAAAACCAGGGAGGUGGAAUCAAUAGAAUGAAACAACAUGUAGUUGGACAGAAAGGAAGUACCAAUGCAUGCAAGAAGGUUCCUUCAGAAGUUCAAUACGCAAUGAGAAAGUCACUCAAAGAAAACGAGGAUAGAGCAAAAGAGAAAAGGGGGGUUAAUGUUAUGAGAAAAUUUCAUGAUGUAGAUGAUGGUCAAGCUUCUCAUCAAGGUUCUGUGCCUCUGAGUCGGAAAAGAAAUGGUAGUACCGAUAUAAACUCAUACUUUAAAAGGGGUUUAGAAGAUCAGGUGCAACCUACCAUAAAGUCAUGUCUGCAAAGCAAGGAAAAGAUUCAUGAUGCUGAUAUGGUAGUUGCUUUGUUUUUCUAUGACGUGUGUAUGCCCAUGAAUGCAGUGAAUUCUAGGUUUUAUCAGCCUAUGAUCAGCAAAAUUGCAAGCAUGGGUCAUGGUUACAUUGGACCUUCAUAUCAUGAUUUACGUGUUCGUUUACUACGUGAUGCUAAACUGCAAGUUUCAUCAAUUAUUGACUCUGUUAGGAGUACAUGGGCUGAUACUGGUUGUACUUUGAUGGCUGAUGGAUGGAAAGAUACAAGGCAAAGACCAUUAAUCAAUUUUCUGGUCUACUGUCCUAAAGGGAUAACUUUCAUCAAAUCAGUCGAUUCUUCUGGAAUAUAUACCAAUGCAGAGAAUUUUUGUAACCUAUUUGCUGACGUUGUGGAGAUUAUUGGCCCCCAAAAUGUGGUCCAUAUGGUGACAGAUAGUGCACCUAACUACAAAGCUGCUGGUGCUAAGCUUGUAGAAAGAUAUCCUGCCAUGUAUUGGUCGCCAUGUGCAGCCCACUGUAUUAAUUUGAUAUUUCAAGAUAUGACAGAACUACCUCAGGUGGAGAAGCUAACCAGUUCUGCAUCAAAGAUAACUGUGUUUGCGUAUAACCAUAAGCAUAUCUUGAAUUGGUUAAGAAACAGACCAGGGUGGAGAGAGAUAAUUCGUCCUGCAGACACUCGUUUUGCUACAAAUUUCAUAGCAUUGCAGAGUUUGUAUACUCAUAAGGAUGAGUUGCAGAGUAUGGUGGUUGAUCAGGAGUUCAGAAAAAUAUCGAGAUCAGAGAAACCAAAGCGUGUGAAACAACUUAUUUUGAUGAAGACUUUUGGAAUGGGUGUUUUAUGA